AUGCUUUUCUCCGACAUCCUUUGGACCGUAUUCAACGGCUGGCUCGGGCUCUCCCCGGGCCCCAUCGCCGGCGGCGCCCCCCUGCGCAUCCUCCCCCUCGGCGACUCCAUCACCUUCGGCUACAACGAGCCCAGCGGCAACUCGUACCGCCGCGACCUCCAAUGUCUGCUCUCCACCCACGGCAACCCCGUCUCCCUCAUCGGCUCCGUCCGCAACGGCGACUGGGACAACAACGAAAGCGACGCCUUCAACCUGCACACCCUCGACGAGAUCCUGACCGCCGGCCACCCGGAGCUCACCCUGCCCGCCCCCUCCCAGCCCAACAUCAUCCUCCUCCACGCCGGCACCGUCAACCUGGUCCUCGGCGUCAACGUCACCUCCGCCCCGGGCCGCCUCGCCCACCUCAUCGACUUCGCCACCGCCCACAACCCGCACGCCCUCCUCGUCGUCGCCCAGGUCAUCCCUAACGCCAACGCCACCGUCAACGCCCUCAUCGAGGAAUACAACGCGCGCAUCCCGGGCGUCGUCGCCGCCGCCAACCGCCGCCGCCAGGGGAAGAACAAGAACAAGGUGGUGCUGGCGCCGCGCAUGCGGGGGGUGACGUUGGCGCGUCUGCCGGACGGGACCCAUCCCGAUGAGGAGGGGUAUCGGAUUAUGGCGGAGCAUUGGUAUGAGGCGAUUGUCAAGGCAGGAUGGCAGGGCUUGGUGGUGCCGGCGGCGGGGGAGUUUGUGGAUCGGGGGCCGUCGGCCGUGCCGCCGUCGGGGAGGUGUGAGGAUUUGGUGGCUUAG